ACGUGCCUUCUGCCGUGACGUUGGUCUGUUUGUCUGACAACCUUUUGCGAAAAAAGAAGAUAAGACAGGUGGGUUGUUUUAUUUAGGAUCUCACUCAGCCGCCAUCAAGAGGUUUCAGUGAGUCAGUGUAGAUUUUGAAUUUAGUAACCAUGGUUUACAAUUAUACAAAACCCCGUGGCCCCAUUGCUGCUAUGUACAGCAGCCCUGGCCCCUGUUACGGACUUCCAGGCCUAGUCGGACAAAAAUCCCACGACCCCCGUAGUGUUCACUACAAAGCUGCUUCUUACCCCUUCGGUGUUCGCCAUGGAAAAUUCAGGGACGACUGCAGUCCAGGUCCCUGCUAUUACCCCAACCCCAAAGUCUACAGGGACGGAAAUGAUGGAACUCCACAUUACUCUCUCUACAGCCGACAAAAGGAUGGAACCAUGUUUAAAGUGCCUGGCCCUGGUGCCUACAGCCCUGAGGGCUCAGGACCUACCUCUCACUUCCGCCACCCUGCCUACAGCUUCGGAACUCGCCACAGAAACAGGAGAACAGAUAACACACCUGCUCCCAACAACUACACACUGACUCCGAUGUUGGGUACUACCAAGGAGAGCGGUAAACCUCAGGCCCCCAUCUUCUCCAUGUCUGGCAGGCAAAAGCAGGGAGGAUUCCACGAGGAUCUCGCCAAGACACCUGGACCAGGAACUUAUGACACUGCUGAUCCCAGCAUUUACAAGGAUAAGGCUCCACUAUACAGUAUGACCAGCCGAAAUGUCAUGCCUGGAGACACCACUCGCAAACCAGGACCCGGUGCUCACUCCCCACAAAAUGUCUGGACACACAAAAAGAAGAUGCCCGAAUUCUCCUUCGGAAUUCGUCACAGUCAAUACUUAGCUCCUCUUAUUGUUGAUCAGGCCGAUUAAAGAUUACAGACAUUUAUUCCUUAUUUCAUUUUCUCUAGGAUCAUUUUUAUGGAUUAUUUUGAAAGAUAUACCGAGUCUUAUGAAUUGGAACACGUUUCCCAAUCAAAAAUACUUAACAAUUUUAUUUACUUUAUCUUAGCACAGUUUUACAAGAUAAAAAUGUGAUUUUUUUCCCAUCCAUAUUCUUCAUCUAGAAAUGAAUUGUGUUUUGUAUGUUUGUAUCUUCAAAGGCUGUGAUAAAUUUUGUUGAACAAUUUUUUUUUUUGAAAUAUUACCAGCAUUUUGUUUUAAGUUUCAAAUAUGAAUAAUUAUUUUUAAAAAAUUGAACUUAGGUUGGUAAUUAUAAAAACAGUAUUAGGAUGCAAACAGGGAAUUAAUUACAUUGAAGUAUUAUGCUGUUUAGAUUAGCCUGAAGUAGUGUAAAAGAACACAGACUGAAAAGCCUCAGGAGUGAAUUGUGUUUAACUUAAGCCAUAUCUGCAUUAUAUCAUCGUAUGAUUGUGACUUAAUAUAUGUCAGUUGUAUUAUAAAUAUUAUUUGUAUGUAAUAUUUUUCAUUGUACAAAGAUUUCUAUGUGAUAUAGUAUUAUUGUCAUUUUUAAAAACUUUGUUUUAUAUUUUUCUAUAUCUAUAUACAAAGUCACUUGUUUGAGUUUUGUGUUGACAAAAACAGUGAAUUAUCUCCCCUACUUUUUUCUGAAUUUCUUCUAUAUUUCUCUCUUUGUGAUCAUGUCUGCACUGUAUCAUUAAUGGUUGUGUUAAUUGAAAUUAUUUUAAACAAAAUCACCAGCUUACAAAUUCUGUUUGCCAAAACUUAAGUAUUUAUUAAUAGAUAAAUGAACAUUCAUUAUUAUAUUUUCUUCCUAUUAAACAGUAAGAGAAUUGUCAAACUUUUUUUCGAAUACAGACUUUUUUCAAGGAAUUUUUAAAAUUCCCCCAGCAUAGACUCUAACUGUGUGCUAAUAUUGUCCAGUAAAAUUGCUGCUAUAAAAAGAACUUGACAAUUCUUGAUUGUUGUGUAUUUUGCUCAAUGUUCCGUCUUUCUGUUAAUAUUAGAGUCAGAAUGAUACCUAGAGAGUUAUCUGCCCCUGUACAUGACACAGCAGCAUAAUGUCAGUGAUUGGUUCCACAGUUUCUGUAACAACAACUAACGGAAUAAAAUAUGCAUUGUUGAAACACGA